CACCGUGUCUGUCGUCCUUCACGCUCCAAGAAAACUUCACAAAUCACGCACCACGCACUCACACACAUUCUCACAAUCACCGACUAACCCUCAAACACUAACAACAUGGGCAACGGAGCGAAAGCACAGCAGAAGCGCGACCGCAAGGGCGAUAGCGGUCCCAAGGAGGCCAAGUCGCAGCUGAAAUCCAACUCCGCAGCCCAGACCGUCAAGUGCAAGACUUGCUUCCAGACCUUCCAGAGUACCACAAACCGCAAGCUUCUCACCGAGCACGCCGCAAACAAGCACAGCAAGCAGUUCGUUGACUGCUUCGAGGCCGAAGACGGUGUUGCGAAAUAAGCACAAACGGUGGUGGCCUCAAGCGGUGCACAUCUACGAGCGACAUGUAAGGCGUUGGCGAUGCGAGAGUGGGAGAUACCAUUAGAGAAAAGCGAGGAGUUGAAAGCGAAGAGUCGGCAGUUUAUGAUUCUUGGGCGUAGGGUGUAUGGGUUAGACCUUGAAUAAAUUCGUCAAAGUCACACAUGUUCUCAGGAGACCCUGCGACUAGAGGAAGGUGGUCCCUGUAAACCCACAUGGUCUGAUCAUGGCACUGCGUGUGACAAGGCUACGCUGCCUGGUUUUGUGAACAAUUUGUCCAAUGCUGACUGUGGCACCGACACGUUUAUAGUCUGCUCCUUGGCAGAUAUCUCAAAAAGGUGUGAUCGAGUGGUAAAUGCGAGCAAAUGUCUGGGCACGGCAAAUACUGCGUUCACCAGUUUCUCGCUCGCACACGGUCUCUUCUCAGCAACUGCAUAGAC